GCUGAAUCACUGUACUUGAUCCAUUCAUUUUCUGUUCCUACCCACAUUCUUUUACUAAAACGUAAUCCAGGAUAGCCUUGCCACAUCAUAAUCCUCAUUAUUCUUCUUCUAUAUAUCUCCCUACCCGUCUUCAAACUUUUUCCUUCCCUUUCUAUAUCUCUUUCUCUCUGAAAAUUCAUUUCUCUCUCUUUCAAGAACACAAAAGGAUCAAAAUCUUGUUUCAUUUAUUUUUUUCUUUGUUUGGAAGUAUGGAGAUUAUUCCAGUUUUGAGCAGACUCAAUGGUAUUGAAGCUCGAUUACAAAACCCAUCUUUUAUAUCUAGAAUUCUUCAAAAUUUUACAGGAGGAAUGACUGAUAAUAUCUCUCAAAUAUCCAAUUUUUGGACUCUGGGCGCUCUUAUUAUAGCUUUCAUAGCAACUUUUACAAAAUUCAAACUGAUUCUUAUCAGAUUACAAAAAAUUAGUAGAAAAUUAUUAUUAAUCUCAUCAUCACAACCAUCUUCUUUUCUUCAACCAUCUAUUUCAUCAGACGUUGAUGAUGAUGAUGAAACAUGUUCAUCAUCAGGAUCAUCGAUAUCAUCUCUAUCAGAUUUUGACUCAGAAGAAGAAGAAGAAUACAGAAUAAACGAUGAUGAUCAAGAUGAUUUCAGAGUGGCAGGUUCGAGUAAUUAUGAAGAAGAACGAGGUCAUUCGUUUACCUGGUCAGAUUUUGCUAAUAGAGGUAAAAAUGUGGUUAAGACAUGGCCAGAAGGGUUAAAUUUAGGAUUAGGAUUAGGAUUAGACAACUCAUCUUGCAGCAGUCUUGUCUCCAUGUUGGAUUAUGGUAAAAACAAUCACGGCAGUAAUUUCGGUACAAAUUCUUCCUUUUUUGGUCAGUCAAUGUUGUCACCUGCAGUAAUUGUUUCAGCUGGAUUAAUCGAAAACAGUAAAAAUGUUGCAUUAAAAGUUUGGGAUACACGAGUAGGGCGUCAUAUACCUGAGAUUAUUGCUGAAUGGCAACCAUGUUGGAAAAGAGUUUUGAGCAAUGGGUGCCUUAAUAAUAACUCUGUGGAUUUACGCAAUGUCCGAGCUCCGGUGACCGACCACCAGAGUAUAACACGAUGGAUUAAUUUUGACCAAUCCGACAUUGUUAAUGACGGAGAUUUGCAUGACAUUGGUAAUUAUUUGGCCGGGACUAAUGAUUCUGUUCUAUCGAGAUGCUUAUCUGCUUAUUUUAUCCUCUGAGCGAGUGACAAAAAAAAAAUGCAAGCUAAAUUAUUUUAUUCAAGGAAAUGCAUUAUUUUUCUUGUGCAAAUGUAAAUAUACCAUUGCCUAUUUUAUUUAAUAAAUUUUGUUUUUUAAUAAAAUUGAAGUCUCAUUUUAUUA